AGCCACUGGAACUAUAAAACAAGUCCGGCACAGGUUGUUCUGUCUCUCUCCUUCCCCCUCUCAAAGUUCGCAUUUUUAUGCCCACUUUGCUUGCUCCCGUCGCCUCGAACCCCCCAAUUCUCUCCCAAUUCCCUUCCCGGAGGUGCCCGGCGUUUAGGGUUUCGCCGAUCGCCUCCCUCCGCCCUCAUUCCCCGACCAUGUCCGCCCCGAUCGGCGGCGGCGGCGGCGGCGGCGGCGGCGAGGCCGGACCGCCGGGGGUCUGCAUAAACGACGUCCUCACCGACGACGAGCUGCGGUCGGUCCUGGCGAGGCUGGAGUCCGAGAAGGACAGGGAGAUCUUCGGCCUGGUGUGCAAGCGGUGGCUCGCCCUCCAGAGCGCCGAGCGCCGGAGGCUCGCCGCCCGCGCCGGCCCCCACAUGCUCGCCAUGCUCGCCGCCCGGUUCGGCCGGGUCGUCGAGCUGGACCUCUCGCAGUCCGUGUCGCGCUCGUUCUACCCGGGCGUCACCGACGCCGACCUCGCCGUCGUCGCCCGCAAGUUCAAGCGCUUGAAGGUGCUCAAUCUGAGUCACUGUAAAGGAAUAACUGAUAAAGGAAUGCUGGAAAUUGGAGAUGGUCUUUCGACCUUGCAGUCAUUAGAUGUAUCCUUCUGCAGAAAGCUGACGGACCGGGGGUUGGAGGCGGUUGCUAGGGGUUGUCAUGAUAUGCGCACGCUGCAUCUCGCCUCUUGCAGAGCUGUCAGUGAUGUAUUGUUAUUGGGUCUUUCACGGAAUUGUCCCAACCUAGAAGAAUUGGUGCUGGAAGGAUGCACCAAUAUAACCGAUCAAGGAAUCACGGACCUUGUUGGUGGGUGUCAAAAGAUCAAGCUGUUAGAUGUCAGUAAAUGUAGCAAUGUAGGAGACGUUGGGAUCUCCAAUGUUGCGAAGUCUUGUUCUUCUUCUCUAAGGACCCUUAAGUUGUUGGAUUGCUGUAAAGUGGGAGAUCAGUCCGUUUUAUCCUUGGCCAGCUUUUGCAUGGGUCUUGAAACCCUUGUUGUUAGUGGUUGCCGUGAUAUUUCUGACGAGUCUUUGAAAUCUCUGGCUGCUGCAUGUGGAAAUAGUCUCAAGACCUUGGGAAUGAAUUGGUGUUUGAACGUAUCCGACUUGUCUCUGAGCAGCAUCCUUGCUCAAUGCAGAUAUCUGGAGGCUCUUGACAUUGGGUGUUGUGAAGAGGUGACUGAUGCUGCCUUUCAAGGUCUGGCUAGUGUGGAGGAUGUAUUGAGUUUGAAGUUUUUGAAAAUCAGCAACUGCCCUAACAUAACAGUGACAGGAUUAGGCAUUAUUUUGGAUAAAUGCCGCUCCCUGGAAUAUCUUGAUUUGAGAUCAUGUCCACAUAUUUCAAAGACAGCUUGUGAUGAGGCCAUGUUACGGUUUCCUGACUGUUGUAAGGUCAACUAUGUUGGCCGGUUGUCCGAGCCUGAUAUGAAACUUUAGCCGCUUGAAUUGGUACAUCAAGCCUUGUCGCCCAAUUUACUGAUGAAGUUUCAGCUAUGGGAGAUCAAAAAAAGUUUCAGCUAUGGAUUUUCCUCACAAGACUUACUGUGUACAUCUGUUUGGGAUGCUAUACGACCCUAAGGGGUAUCUAUCUGUUCCUAGUGCCUGUGCAUUUUGUGAUGGAUAUGGGAUGGAUAGUCAUUUGCUUUGUGUUAUAUGUAACCAGAAGUUUAUAUGUAUAAAUUGCAGCAAACUCGCCUUCUUUCCUGAAAUUCUUACAAUUGUAUCACUCUUCAAUGCUCCUUCUUCUAUCUGCAGCAUAUGCUGGGCGUUGACAUACUAAUGCAGUGCCUUAUCUGUA